ACAUUGGUUGCUAGAUAUGAACCACGUGAUUAUGAUUCAAGUGAUGAAUCUUCGGAUCUUCAAAGUACUUCAGACUUAGAACUACCAAGUAAAAUAUGUGAUAUUAUUAAUGAUGAUAAUUGGUGGAGGCAAAUAAAAAAUUUAAAGUCUUUCCAAUUACGUGGAAUUCUUACUCAAAAUUGCAGAGCUCAAGAAUUGAAUAAAUUAAAACAGCUUUAUGAAUCAACUUCAAUGACAUUUUUACUUAACCCUUCCAAAAAUGCACCAAGUACUUCAACAGUCCAAGAUGCUGAUAAUGAAAGCGAUUAUAUUGAUGAAAGCGAUUAUGUUGAUGAUACUGAUAGAGAUGACGAUGAUAUUAUCUUAUGGUCAUCGGAUAAAGAUGAUUUAGAUGAAAGUGAUUUAUCAUAUUUAGAAUCAAAUAAUAUAAAUAAAUUACAAGAAUAUCCAGCAGAUCGCACAGCAAAGUGGCCAUUAAAUAGGAAUCAGAAAGAAGAUAAUAUAAGCAACUACUAUCCAGGAAAAAUUAAUGUAAGGGAACUAACUCACAACAGAACCAACAAUUUUACCUACCCAAGAAAAUUUAGCAGCUCAACGAGCCAAAUUAGAAGAGUUGAAGUUUUCCGAGCUAUUGCUCAAGAAUACUUUCUUGAAGACUCUGAUGAGGAAUUGGAAAUUAUCCCUUGGAAGAAUAAUACUGCUAAGUGGAUUGAAGAAGAACAUGAAAAUGAGAUGUCAAAUAGUGAUGAAUAUAUAAACUAUGAAUGGAAAGAAGAACUUACCAAUAAUGAAAUUGAAAGAGAAAGGUGUUACCACAACCUCCUAACCAAAUUAGCUCUAGAAAUCAGAAUUGAGAUAGCCUGGUUGAUUGUAAAUGGGUACCAGAAUGAGCCUACAAAUAGCAAUAAUACUGAAAGUGAAUUACAAUCUACUGACUUGGACAAAGCUUACUUAGUCGAUAUACCCCAAUGGGGUGAGACUACCAAAAGACUGAAAUUCGAAGACAGUAGUGAUGAUGGAUAUGAGAAUACGGGCUAUGGCUAUUAUAACCUGCAUCUAGAUUCCAAUCAUUACGAAGAACCAUUUCCUGAAUUUACUACUAACCUAGAAGGCUCAGAAUGGCUACCGGAAUUUGAUGACUACAUUAAUUGGGACUACAAUAACUCAUAUAAGGAUGGUCAGGAUGGAAUGAGGCGAGUUGUGGGGCUCCAUUCAGAAGAAAACACCGAAGUACCAAGUAAAAACGUUGAGGUCCUAAUUGACGCCUAA